AGCUCGAUUACAUGAAAUUAGAGCAAAAAAGUUGAUGCUUUCGUUUUUGUGGGUAGUUAGUUUCUUCAUUUCUAAAGCUUUCCAAAUGCAGAGGGUUCUUUAAACUUUGGUUAACAUAAUCAAAGAGAAAAACUCUGCUGAUUAAUGGAGAGAGAGAGAUCUAGACUUUGAUACAUGUAUCUACAAGUGGAGUGUUAAUUAAAAAAUAACAUUCAAUAGUUAUAUUGCUUUAGUUUUUUUUCCUAAAUGCUUUAGUUUAUCUUGAUUGAAGGAUGGUUGUGAAUCUAUUAGGUUCAUGUAUAACAUUUAAGACAUUAUUAAAAUUUAUUUCGUCUCUAUCCCCUUAAAUGAUUCCUCAUUAAAGAAAUAGAAGUUCCAGCCAAUUCUGAAAAGGAAUCUAGCUGAGUUUGGACAAAGCAUUAUAAUAACAUAUUUCGUUGAGCAAAUGAUGAUAGAAGACUUCUGAUAAUUGAAAAAUAAAAGAUGAUGUAUGGAUGAACAUGGCAUAUGUAAAAAAAUAAAAAUUAACUUUAGUAGAGAUCGAGGGUCCAAAUCAGCCUCGAAUAUGACUAUUCUACUCCAAAAUUCAACUUGAACGAAUGGUAUUAAGAUGUAUAUUUUCAUUUGGCGUCACAUGUAUCAGUUAUCAUAUUGUACAUGUCAAAUCAUUCUUGUUUCUAAUUUUCAGCUCUAGCUAGGAAAGAAUAUUUUCAUUUGGCAUCACAUAUAUCAGUAUCAUAUUGUACAUGUCAAAUCGUUCUUAUUUCUUAAAAUUAUCAUGUCUUUUUCGCCCCUUUUUAAAAUUUUCAACAAUGAGAUCUUCGAGUAUGUCUAACCCAUUUUUGGUGAUAUAACAAUACUAUGUUGUGGACCUUCUGGUGCAAACUCUUUAAAGGAAAGAAACAUGGAGAAAGAGUAGCCCCUUCAGAAAAAAAUCAACGGACUUGGAAAUUGCAUCUGAAUUCAAGGCUAGAAGGCAAGGUGGCUUUGAUAACUGGUGGUGCCAGUGGUAUCGGGGAGAGCACAGCGAGGCUGUUUGUGCAACAUGGUGCUCAGGUUGUCAUUGCAGAUAUCCAGGAUGACCUUGGUCACUCCUUAUGCAAAGACAUUGGCUGUGAAGAUGCUAUUUCUUAUGUCCAUUGUGAUGUUACAAGUGAUUCUCAUGUCCAAAAUGCCGUGGACACUGCUGUUACAAAGCAUGGCAAGCUCGAUAUAAUGUUCAGCAAUGCUGGCAUCACAGGAAAUACAGAUCCAAGAAUCCAAGCAACCAACUAUGAGGACUUCAAAAGGGUAUUCGAUGUUAAUGUCUUUGGUGCAUUCUUGGGAGCCAAACAUGCUGCCAGAGUGAUGAUUCCAGAAAAGAAAGGCAGCAUUGUCUUCACUUCAAGUGUAGCUUCAGUGACUUAUGGAGAUGUGCCACAUGCGUACUCAGCAGCCAAGCAUGCUGUGGUUGGACUAACCAAAAACUUAUGUGUCGAAUUAGGGAAGUGUGGGAUAAGAGUCAAUUGCAUUUCUCCUUUUGGAGUGGCCACCCCAAUGCUAGUGAAUGCAAUGGGCUUCACUGAUAAGCAAAGGGUGGAUGAGUUUGUUUCUCAAAUUGCAAACUUAAAAGAGGCAGUAUCAGAGGCAAGUGAUGUAGCAGAGGCGGUAUUGUACCUGGGAGGCGACGACUCCAAGUAUGUGAGCGGGAUAAACCUUGUGCUCGAUGGGGGUUACAGCACAACCAAUAUUGCUCUGGGAGAAGCCUUGAAAAAAAUGGUUUCAUGAACCCAUGUUUUAUUGAAGUUCAAGACUUAAGAACUUUGUAAUGGUUUUCUAAUAAAUGCAGGGAUUGAAGGCCUAGUCUCCUCUGCACUUUUCUCAAGUGUUUGCGAUUGAAAUGGCUAUGUUUGCAUGUAUUUCUCAAGUCAUCCUUCAAUUUGUAUGAGAUUUAAAGGUAACUGCUCUCAUAUGGAACGAGCCUUAAUUUCAAUGUGUGUUGAAUUGCAAUUGAUUCUAUAUUUUCAAUCCUCAUUUCUGAA